AUGUUUUCUAUCAAUGAGUCACAUUGUAGCUACAAGGUUAUUCUGUUUCAUUUGAUCACAUUUUCGCUCGUUUCGGUUUGCUAUUCACAAGACAAUCUUUCGUCUAACAUUCAGCAAUGGAAGGAGGUAUCGCUAAUCCAAAUUAUCAACCCGGCAAUGUUUAUUAUACAUCGCCAGGUCAAUUUCAACAUUUGCAAGGACAAGUCAAUGACGUGA